AUGAAAUUCCUCUCCUCAAUCCUCCUCCUCAGCGGUCUCGCAGCAGCAGCAGCAGCAGCAGCAGCAGCAACAGCCCCAUCCAACGCCCAUCCCACCACGCUCGUCGAGAAGCCCGCCACCGCGGCCAGUGCUUCUGGCGCUGGCGGCGCUGCCGCCGGUGGGAGCACGUAUAACCACGUCGCGACCCCCAACGAGGGCCAGAAGCCCGUCACCGAUGGUGGGGAUCACGGUGCUACGACGGUCGCUACCAGCGGCAAGGCUAAUGCCAAUGCCAAUGCCAAUGCCAAUGGCAAUGGCAAUGCCAGCGCCAAUAGCAAGGGCGAUAGCAACGCGGGCAGCAGCAGCAACAGCAACGCGAGCAGCGCCAAGGGCAACAGUAACAACAAGGGCAACGGCAACGCCAAUAGCAACACAGGCAGCAACGCCCACAACGCCGCCGCGUCCUCGCAUCAAUAG